GCCCGGGAUUUUAGGGUUCUUGGACAGGGGCAUGAGGGGGGCGCUCCUGCGAGCUGCCACCGGGAAGGCGUUGCGCGCUCGCUGGAUCCACAGCGAGAGAUCCAGCUCUGGCGUCGCGAAUUUCGGAUUUAGGGAAGUUCCAGAGGAUGAGAAGGCGGGGAUGGUUGGGGCGGUUUUCAGCAGCGUAGCUUCCAAUUAUGAUCUCAUGAAUGAUAUCAUGAGUGGAGGGCUUCAUCGGCUCUGGAAGGACAGAUUAGUCUCGGAGCUUCAACCAUUUCCGGGCAUGCAACACCUCGAUGUUGCUGGUGGAACAGGAGACAUUGCGUUUCGCGUCUUAGACACGAUUUAUUCCAAGGAACAACGCAGUCCACAGAAAAAGGAAGUAAACGAGAAAGAAGUGGUCGACGAAACGCGAGUCUACGUGUGUGAUAUCAAUGCAUCGAUGCUCGAUGUGGGAAGGCAGCGAGCCAAAACAAGGGGUGAGCCAGGAAUUUCCGUUUGUGGACAAAUCCGAUUUAAGUUCGUGAUGGUGAAAGCAGGUCUUGGAGAGCUGCCAUCGCUUGUAUGGGUCGAAGGCGAUGCGGAGGCUCUCACUUUCGCUGACGACUCCAUGGAUGGCUACACCAUCGCAUUCGGUAUUAGAAACGUGACUCACAUUGACAAGGCUCUCAGGGAAGCUCAUAGGGUGCUAAAACGCGGUGGAAGAUUUCUCUGCCUGGAGCUCAGCCAUGUCGAGACGCCAAUCUUCAAACAAAUCUACGACUUCUACUCGUUCUCAGUAAUACCGGCAAUCGGGCAAAUGGUUGCGAAGGACCGGAACUCGUAUCAAUACCUGGUUGAGAGCAUUAGAAAGUUCCCAAAACAGGAUGACUUUGCGAGAAUGAUCAUCAACGCGGGCUUCUCCAACGUGCAAUACGAGAACUUAGUGCAGGGAGUUGUGGCAAUACACUCUGGAUUCAAGCUUUGAUAUUUUCUAGACAAAGUUUUGGAAUAGUCGAUUAGAUUUUAUUUACGUUAGAGACGACUGUUAAGGGACAAAAAUUCGUGGAUCUCGAGAAAUUCUCUGGCCAUGGGUGGAACUGGUCUCCAAUUCUUGGAGAGCUGCUGGAGUGAUGGCUGCUCUACCCUGUUUUACAUACAACAAUUGUUGUUGAAGAAGUCACAAUGUAGAGGAGCAUGAAAUA